CAGCAACCCUGGGAAGUGAAAUCGUCUUGUUUUAUUGGGUUUUGGCAAAGGGAGGGUUGGGAAGGAAGAGGCUCAGCGGACAAACCCAGGGUUUUAAACUAAACCAGGCUUCCUUCCUCCUUGGUGAGAAUGUCACCCGUGUGUUAACACACGUCUGUGGGGGUCUCCUGCUCGUGCAGGGAGUUGGACUAGAUGACCUCCCCGAGGUCCCUGCCAACUUUGUUAGUCUAUGAUUCACAGUUGCGUAGACCUGGUUGGGGGCAUGCGUGCAGGCUGUUGUUUUAUAGGGCCUUGAUUUCAUGGGGUGGAAGCCUUUUUUAGGUGCAAAAUGAUGCUGGGUGGAGAAACUACAAUUGGAAACAGACGAUGACGUCCCAGUGAUGUCAUCACACCCCAAAGCACCGCUUUUAUUUUAUUAUGUUAUUUGUUCAACGUAGAUGCCUCUUGUCUCGUUAGCCAAAGCUGCUCGGCAUACAAUAACUUGGGGUGUUGUUUUUGCACCAUCGGGGUUUGCGACAGCAGCCGCUGAUCAGAAUGCAUCAGAAUUUGAAUACAGAACCCUUCCAGGCAGGCUAAGGGGUGUGUGUGUUAAUGCUCGCAUGAGCUGGGUUGCAGUAUCUCUGAUCACCCCUAUUUACAGACACCCUUUUUCUGAAUUCAGCCCCGCCAACCUUCACCAUGCUAUCCCAAUUCCUGGCAGAUUUGCUGAGAAAUAAAUUCUAAUAGUGCAUGCUGGAUUCCCAACAAACAGCAUUUGAAGGGGGCAGACUGACUUCUUAGAUGUGAGUCAACAAUUCCAAUCGCUUCUCAUUGGCUAUAAUGGGCUGCCUUGAGUGUUAUAUAACAGGGGUCUCCAACCUUGGCAAAUUUAAGCCUGGCGGACUUCCAACUCCCAGAAUUGUGGGAGUUGAAGUCUGACAGGAGAGUUUUGUUGGCUAGGGAAUUCUGGGAAUGGAAGUCCGACAGGCUUAAAGUUGCCAGGGUUGGAGACCCCUGUUAUACAGGACACGUGGUCCUCAAUUUAUGACCACAACUGGGAACAGAAUUUCCAGUGCUAAGCAAGGAAUUUGUUAAGCGAGACAUGCCCAAUUUUGCCACCUGUUUUUUUUUUUUUUUUGGCCACAGUUGUUAAGCAAGUUGCUGCAAUUAUUAAGGGAAUCAUGAGCUCUGUUAAGCCAAUUUAACUCCCCUCGUUGACUAUUCGUUGGGAGCCAGUUAGGAAGGUUGCAAAUGGAAUUCAUAUAAUCCUAGGAUUCUGUAACUGUUUAAAGUACAUGCCAGUUGCCAAGUGCCCAAAUUUAAAGACCUACCUAGUAGCUCCAUUGGACGCUGUAUUAAAAUCCGCAUGAAUGCUAAACUGAGUGUUUCUCAACUUUGACAGUUUGAAGACAGGUGGACUUCGACUCCUGCAAUGCCCCCGACAGGAGUGUAUGUGACUUUCCGAUUCUGGGAAUUGAAGUCCACCCAGUGAAAUGGUAUAGGGUCAUGAUGGCGAACCUAUGGCAAGCGUGCCAGAGGUGGCACACAGAUCCCUCUCACCCGACAGGUGCACUGUUGCCUGCUGCUCUUGGUUUCUGUCUCACCAGCCAGCUGGUCCUCGCGGGCACCAGUGCGCUGGAGAACGGCCCCCAAAACUGCCAAAAACAGCCUGAAAAUGGCCAAAAAACCCAGUCUUCAGGUUUCCAGCGCAUGCACAUACACACGCAUGCGCAUUCCAGUUUGGGCACUUGGUGCUGAAAAGGUUCGCCAUCAUUGGUAUUGGGUUUCCUGCCUGAGCAGGGGGUUGGACUAGAUUUCCAAGGUCCCAUCCAGCUCUAUUCUGAUUGAGUGACAUUUCAUUCCAUUUCAUUCCAUUCCAUUCCACAUUCUAUAUUUUCUCCUCUCCUCUAUUCCAUUCCACAUUUUUUUUCUAUUCUAUUCUAUUCUAUUCUAUUCUAUUCCAUUCCAUUCCAUAUUUUCUCUAUUCUAUUCUAUUGUAUUCCAUUCCAUUCCAUUCCAUUCUACAUUCUAUAUUCUCUCCUCUCCUCUAUUCCACUCCAUAUUUUCUUUAUUGUAUUCUAUUCCAUUCCAUUCCAUAUUUUCUAUUCUAUUCUAUUCUAUUCUAUUCUAUUCUAUUCUAUUCUAUUCCAUUCCAUUCCAUUCCAUUCCACUAUUCUGCUGUCUUCAAGUUGCCAAGGUUGAGAAACGCUGCCUUAGUAAGUUAUACAUAUUAAGGCCCUUAGCUUAUGGAUCAGUGUAUUGUGCACAGAGACAAUGUUAUGUGGAGACAGUAAUAGAGAGAUUCAGAAGUUACUUACUUCAGUAAACUUCUGUGGAAUCGAAGAUAUGCCAUGAACUACUCUCAGUUUGAUAUUUGGCAUCUUUAAAAGCCUUCCUCGCAGUUCUAGACUAGUUCUAGAAACAGCAAUUCUUAUUAUCUGCAGUUUUCUCCAGACACCUCAAACAAUCUAGUUCCAAGAGCAGGCUUCCAGAUGUUUUGGGUUUCAGCAUCCUUUGGUCUCCACCAGCUUGGCCACCAGGAAGGCCUUUUGGGGGUUGUAGUCCACAUUCCGUGGCUUUCUGUAUGUGGACGCCGGGGUAGAAAUGCACCCACAUUUCCCAAGUACGCAUUUUCCAAUGCUCCUAAUUUUGACUUGGAAAAAUGGGGGUCCCUCCAGUUCCAGAGAAUCUUUCAUCUCUGGUUGUUCAAACCCCCCCCCAUUUUUCUUGUUGACCACCACCCCCCUCCCUCCUCCCACUUUGCUCAGAGCAGCUGAACUCUUGGUAGCACAUCUCAUUUCUCCGUCAAUAUACUAGUUUCUCUUCUCUGGACUGUGUUCUGAGCAUGUUGCCAUAGCAACUCCACACUUACGCCAAGUUGAGCAAUAGCAGAACCACGCCGUAAUUGGAUCCCAGGGCCUUGUGAGAUACAGGGAGAGCUCCUAAAGGGAACCAAGCUAUUGAAAUGCUGCUGGAUAAUGGAGGUCUAAUCUAUAUACCCCCCCCAAAAAAAACUACUCCAUACCAAAUCUAAGCUAAAUAUCAGCAAGUUCAACAAGUUCUCUUGCUUCCUCUUCAGUUUUAGUUAUAAUGGCAAUAUCGUCUGUAAACAAGAAUAAAAAUGAAAACAAACCAUCUUUCUCUCGUUUAAAGAGACAUUUGUCCGCUAUACUUGCUUUAAAACCUAUGGCAUUUAAUUCUUUUCCCAAGUAACAUACCCAACGAAAGGGAAAAUCCAAGGCUAGAAGUUCCUCAAAGUUCCAGUUUAUUAGAGAGGUCAUAUUAUCCACAUCUACCUUAAAGAAGGCUGAGAGACAAAGAAUUGAAUACUUUGAACUCUGGUGCUGGAGAAGACUCCUGUGAGUCCCUUGGACCAGGGGUCUCCAACCUUGGUCCCUUUAAGACUUGACUUUGCUGGCUUUGCUGGCUGAGGGACUCUGGGAAUUGAAGUCCACAAGUCUUAAAGGGACCAAGGUUGGAGACCCCUGCCUUGGACUGUGUAGCCUAAAUUGGAAACCUGAAAAUAUUUAUACAAUAAGCAAAAUUAAAUUUAAAAAUCAACUUCCGUCUAUUAAAUACAAGGGACCCAAAGUAUUUAAAGGGUAUUUUAUUCUCCAGAGCUUUAUUCUCCAGCAUGGUUCUUCUUUAGUGACCACAACUGGGAACCAGCAAUUUGGCUCUUAGCAAAAUAGUCGCUAAGUAAAACUACAACUAUGCUUAAGUUUUGCUCUGCAGGUAAUCCUCAACUUGUGACUGUAAUUGAGCCCACCAUUUCAAUUGAAAGUCACAGCAGUCAUAAAGUGAAUAAUGCCUGAUUUUACAAGCAUUUUUUGCAGUGGCCAUUUAGCAAAUCUGGCAGUCAUUAAGCAAACCCGUUGUUUGGGUGAUAACAUUUUGGCCGGAAACUAGAAGUAAACACCAGUUUCUAACAAAAACAUCGUAAGACUGAGUUAUGUGUUUUUUCCCGAAGGCCAUCACUCUGCUAAACAAAUAAUUCCCUCAACACUGUCAGACUAUUUACUGAAUCUGCACUACUAUUAAUCGUUUCAUAGUUCCCAUCACCAAUCUCUUUCCACUUAUGACUGUAUGACUAUAAGUUGUUGCUGGCAAUCCUUAUGAUUUAUAUUGAUAUAUUGAUCAUCAAUUGUGUUGUAAAUGUUGUACCUUGAUGAACAUAUCUUUUCUUUUAUGUACACUGAGAGCAUAUGCACCAAGACAAAUUCCUUGUGUGUCCAAUCACACUUGGCCAAUAAAAUUCUAUUCUAUUCUAUUCUAUGUGAUGCAAAUGCCACAAACAGCCAUAAAUGAAGGCCAUUUUGUCAAGUGCCCAAAAUGUGGUCACAUGACCGCAGGGAAUGGAUGAGCGGGCAGAUGUCAGAUCUUCAAAUCCAUGUCACAAGUCCCAUUUUCAGGCUCCGUCGUAACUUGGAACGGCCGCUAAGCAGCCCGUUAUAAGUCAAGGACUACCUGUACAGACCUGAGCAGGCGGGUGGGUGGGUUGGGGGUAAAUAGGAAGACUGGUCCCAAAGUUACUUUUUCACCCGUGAUGAAACUUGCAAACAGACACUAAAAGAGGCAGUCGCUAAAUGAAGACCCGUCUCUCUCUGCUGGAUUUCUAGUAGUCGGCAAGAUAAUUUUUCAGGCACGGAUCGUUCUCUGGUUAUAUUCUCACCCGACCAACCCUUGUCCUCAUGCUGGAAAGGGGGGAAGAGCCCUGCAUGAGCAAUAGCAAGAACGGAGUGGGGAGUAACCCGCUGAGUAGCAGUGUCACAGAUUCUCAAGCCUUGAAGGAGAACGCCAAAUCACCUUCGCCCUCGGCUCUGUCUUCCCCACCCGCCACGGAGUCUCCCAAGCCACCUCGUUCCCGGCGGCGGCGGCCUCCCGCUGUCCUGCCUUCCGAUCGUCCCUAUCAAUGCAAAGACUGUGGCAAGCGCUUCGUGUACCGCUCCAAACUGGCCACCCACCAAUGGACUCAUUGCGCCGAGCGCCCCUAUAAAUGCCCCGACUGUCCCAAGAGUUUUAGUUAUCCAUCCAAGUUGGCUGCCCACCGACGUACCCACACUGGGGAGCGCCCCUUCCCCUGCUCUCUGUGCCCCAAGCGUUUCGGACAUCGCUCCAAGCUGGCCGCCCACCAGUGGAUUCACACGCCGGAGCGCCCGUAUAAAUGUGCCGAUUGUCCCAAGAGCUUCUGCUACCCUUCCAAGCUGGCCGCCCACCGCCGCACGCAUACGGGGCAGCGGCCGUACCCCUGCAGCCGUUGCGGGAAGAGUUUUUGCUACCCUUCCAAACUGGCUGCUCACCAACAGAUCCACGCGGCCACCGCAGCGGGGAGGCCUUACCCAUGCAUGCGCUGCAGCAAGAGUUUCCGGCAGCUGCGCAAUCUCACCCUUCACCAACGGGUGCACGAGGAUGGAGAAGCGGACGACAACUUAGCCCAGGACAAAAGCCACAGCAGUGGCGACAGGCCCUAAGCUGAAACCGCUGGGCUCUGUGAGGGCGCAGGGAGAAACUCGGAUAAUUUGAAAACUUGGUUGCUGUAGGGAUCGUUGUAAAUAAUGGAAAGUUAUGGUGGAGCUCAGGGUUGCACUGUAACCUCCAGCAACCCAUAACUUCUCUGUUCUUGGCUUCAAUGGCGAAAACGCCAGAGGACCGGCUCCCCCUCAAGAGACCAAAUGCUGAAAACUGUUCCGGUAACCUUGUUUCUGCAGUGACCAAUGGCCUACUCUACCACCUCGUUUAAGUUAUGCAGACUUCUGCACCUUCACGAUUUGUUUUGCUUCAGUUUUAACCUUCCAGUUCUCCCCAAACACAAUCCUGGUCAUUCCAUAGUCCAGGAUUGUUCCAUGCCAAUGAAACAAACAAAAAAAAAAACACCGUUGAGAUUCCUACACUAAUCUUAUUUAGAGAAGUGAAUGCCUGUACCAAACCUCACUUGUCAGCAGAGCAGAAUCUGUUGUGUGCUUUGCACAAUAGGAGAAAGCUGUGUCUGUGGCCGUGUAUAGUUUUGUUUUACGCUCAACUGGUGCAUGCUUGUGUCGGAAUGUGGAACUCUGCAUACCUGUAAUCCAAGGGUCUAUAAACUUCUAUCUUCACUGUGCAUUAUACAGGGGCUACGUUGCAGCUGCCUUGACCAGUCAACCUUUGGCCGUGGAAAUCGGAGGUGUUUAAUAUGCAUGAACUAGCACAUCGCAUUGGACAGGAGUUGGGUCUGCUUUUAAGAAGAAAUCUCUUGAUUAUUAUUUUUUUUUACAAAACAAAAGCGGAGUCUGACAACGUGGCAAUUGGUGAAAUCCACCAGUGGGAUCGCUUAAGACACAAAUUCCAGGAAAGAGUGGGCAACAUUUAUGUUUCCAAAGGGUUGUAGAAACAGGGAAAAAGAAAAAUCAUUUGGCAAAUUCACGCCACCCUCCAGGUUUGUCGUUGACACGUUGCAUCAAAAAAUGCCUCAGGCCACUUCAGGAUUCGCUUGGGUAGUCUAUGAAGGCUGAAGGAAGUGCGUCGGUAGCACGCAUAGAAAGCAGAUUUUACACAUGAAUUUCUCGAGCUAAAAGGGGCUGCAUAAUUUUAUUUUCACCAUGUAGUACACACAAUUUUAUAGCCUGCUUCCUUCUUAACUCCUAUGUGUUUGGUUUACUCGUACCACACCGAAAGUUUCCAUUUUGCCCCUCAUUAUUGAAUAUUAAAUUCCCACUCGGAUUUUUCUCUCCACCCGUUUCUCUCCCAUGCUCUUCUAGACCCAAGUCCGCUUUUCACUAUGAUCCACAAUUAAUACACACGUGUUUUUUUUUCUUGAUAGCUGGUAAAACCUAAUAUAAGUAGCCCUCGGCUUACGAACACAACUGAGCCCAAAGGUUCAGUUGCUAAGCAAGACGUUUGUUAAGUGAGUUUUGCUCCAUUUUACAACCUUUCUUGCCAAUCGCUGUUAAGCGAAUCACUGCAGUUGUUAAGUUAGCAACACGGUUGUUAAGUGAAUCUGGCUUCCCCCAUUGACUGCUGGGUCAGAAGAUAAAUCACAUGAGCCCGGGGGACUCUGCCACCGUCAUAAAUAUGAGUCAGCUGCCCAGCGUUUGAAUUCUGAUCACGUGGGAUGCUGGAACUUCUCGUUCAGUGUGAAAACGGGCGUGUGUCACGUUUUUCCAGUGCUGUUGUAACUUUGAACGGUCACAAAAUGGGCUGUUGUAAGUCAAGGGCUACCUGCAGUGCAUCUUUCCACUUCCCCACAAACUAGCACGCACGGACUUCCCUAUAAUUCAGAUUUGGGUGAAAGGCAGGUGGAAGGUUAUGUGUGAUUGGUUCCUAGUCUGUUUGUAGCUGUAGUCAAACAAAAAGGAAAGCUCCAUUAGAUGCUGGAGUUUUUGUCUUAUUUUUCUUGAAAUAAAAUAAAAUAUAAAAGCAAAACGCCUUUUUGAAAUUAAGGUAUGUGUCGUGUCCCACUCCUCCUCUGAUGGCCGGGUCGGGGAAGUCCGUAUCAAGCGUGGCUGCAAAGCCUCUGCAGCUUUGCCAAAGUUCUGUCAGAGUUCUCAGGGCAGGCAGGAGACCAGGAUGUGACUUCAGCAAUUCAAUUUAGACUUUGCCUGACUCAAAGAAUGCCAGAAAGCAGAUCCUUUAUAUAGGCCAUGGGGUGUGGCUCCAUGACUCAGCACUUAUCCAGGCCUGCCCCUCCCUUCCUUUUGCUGACGUCGCCUCUCCACUCUCCGGAAGCGUGGGUCCCUCCAGCCUCCAGCUGUUGGCAAUUCACAUUCCUCAGGCUCACAUGCUGUGGGGGAGGGGGAGGGGUCUAGUUGCUCCGUUUGCCUGGGCAUGGUGCCAGGACUGGGGGCUGAAGGCACGUCAGGCCCUUCGUCUUGCUCGGCCUGUCUGGGCAUGGUGCCAGGGCUGGGGCCUGGAGGCAUGCCAGGACAUUCCUCAGAGUUCGGCAGAAGAUAACCCGGCUGCGGGGGAAGCGAGCGAAACACAACAGUAUGCUUGGUGCGUGUGAGAAAAAGGUUGCGGGUUUUAAGGUAAGUCGGUCACAGAGGGAAGGUCCAGCAUGUGAGCUAGAACAGGG